AUGAAGUCAAUAAAAGAAGAAAAGUGGAAAAACAAAGCAUUGCAUGGCCAGUAUCCAAAGAUCCUAGAGAAGGUUCAUGUAGACACAGUCACCACCAACAAAUGGUUGUCAAGUAAUUUGAAAGGAGAAACAGAGGGACUACUUGCUGCAGCUCAAGACCAGGCAAUAAACACCAGAAACUACCAGAAAGUAAUAUGUGGCCAGCAAGUGGAGACCAAAUGCAGAUUGUGUUCGCAACAUGAAGAGACAGUGGACCAUAUUGUAUCUGGAUGUGAGGUAUUAGCCAAAACAGAGUACAUCUCCAGGCACAAUAAUGCUGCAGCAUAUCCAUUGGAGCAUAUGCAAAGAUCAUGA